UCUCAACCUCACAUCGCAAAAUAGAGUGAAAGAGAGAGAGAGAGAGAAAAUAGUGAGAGAGUCCACUUUCACCAUUUCCCAAAACACCCCUACUAUCCUUCCCAAAAACGCCCCUAAUUCCUUCCUCUCUUUCACCAGACUGCCGGUGCCGCGCGUUCUAGCCGGCCCGGCGCACGUUAGGCAUCCCGUUCGUAAUUUUUUCUAGGGUUUCUCUUGCGCUGAAUUUCCUCUAGGGUUUUGUGGGGGGGGUUUCUUGAUCCGAUCUCAGCCAUGCCGGAUGACAUUGUGUUGCAUUUAUCGAACUCGUCGAAUCCAUCAGAUCCCUCGCUUCCAUCGAAGCUUGCGAAGCUGGAAGCUCGAAUGGCUGGCAAGAGCUCGUCGUCUUCUCCGGGGGUUCAGUCCUCGGCGUGGCAAUCGAUCACCUCGGUGAAGUUCGCAGCGGACGAGGAGCUGCCGGAAUCUUCAAGCGAUUCUGAUGAUGAUAAUGGCAGGGAAUUUUUGAUACAACACAAUAUUCAGAAAAGGCAAAAAAUUCAAGAGGAUGAUCAAGCGACGCUACAAACUUAUGAGGGAGUAGCAGAUGGAAGGAUAAAGGUUCAAGAUGCUAUUGACCUAAAGCCAAGUUUGGAUGACUCAAAUAAGAAGAGACAAGGUCGUGGUAGGGGUCGCUCCGUAACAGGUAGGGGCCGUGGUUCCAAGGCUUCUGAUCAUAUGCGCUCAAUAUCUUCUUCAAUAGUUUCGCAAUCAAAUGGCCAUCAUGAGAGUUUAGUACACAAGGACGUACGGUCGAGAGAGCAACUUAGCAAUGAUGAAAGGGCACCAGCAUCCUUACAGGAAGAGAUAUCAGUAUUGCGUGGAAAAAUUGCAUCAUUGGAGGAGGACCUCAGUAAAUCAAGGCAAGAAACAACUGAACAUCAGCAACUCUGCCGUCAGUUAGAGAAGGAGUUGAAAGACCUUAAAGAGCAUGACCAUCUAAUGAAGACAAAGCGAAUUAAAGUACUAUCAGAUCUAUUGAUAUCUGUUUCAAAAGCAGAGAGGCAAGAAGCAAGAACACGAGUACGGCAAGAAUCUCUGAGGCUCGGCAAUGUUGGAGUUAUCAGAGCUGGAACUGUAAUAUCUGAGACAUGGGAAGAUGGACAGACGCUGAAGGAUAUUAAUGCUCAUCUUAAAUCUUUGCUGGAGACAAAGGAGACCAUUGAAAGACACAGAAAAUCGCUUAAAAAGCGACAAUCUGAUAAGGGCGAUGGAAAUGAUGUUGAAAGUGGCAUGUCUGAAGAAGAUUUUCUUAUUCAGGAUGAAAUUUGUAAAUCUCGUUUGGCAAGCAUCAAAAAGGAAGAAGAAAACUGUCUUCGAGAAAGAGAUCGUUAUGAACUUGAAAAGGCAAGGUUGAUACGUGAAAUGAAACGCAUACGCGAUGAAGAUGGGUCACGUUUCAACAAUUUCCAGAUUUUAAACCAGCGUUAUGCACUAUUGAAUCUUCUUGGGAAGGGGGGCUUUAGUGAAGUUUACAAGGCUUUUGACUUGGUAGAGCAUAGAUAUGUUGCUUGCAAGCUCCAUGGUUUGAAUGCUCAAUGGAGUGAACAGAAAAAGCAAAGUUACAUACGCCAUGCUGUUCGCGAAUACAACAUUCAUAAGACCCUGGUGCAUCCUCAUAUUGUUAGGCUAUGGGACAUCUUUGAGAUUGACCACAAUACAUUCUGUACUGUCUUGGAGUAUUGCAGCGGAAAAGAUCUUGAUGCCGUCCUUAAAGCAACACCUAUUCUUUCAGAGAGGGAAGCUAGGAUUAUAUUUGUUCAGAUAUUUCAAGGCCUUAUAUAUAUGAACAAGAGAUCUCAAAAGAUUAUUCACUAUGAUUUGAAGCCUGGAAAUGUUCUUUUUGAUGAGGUUGGUGUUGCAAAAGUGACGGAUUUUGGCCUUAGCAAGAUAGUGGAAGAUGAUGUUGGAUCCCAGGGUAUGGAGCUAACUUCCCAGGGAGCUGGAACAUAUUGGUAUCUACCUCCAGAAUGUUUUGAGCUCAGCAAGACUCCCUUCAUAUCAUCUAAGGUUGAUGUAUGGUCAGCUGGGGUCAUGUUAUAUCAAAUGCUGUUUGGUAGACGCCCCUUUGGGCAUGAUCAGACCCAGGAGAGAAUACUUCGUGAGGAUACUAUAAUAAAUGCUCGCAAGGUGGAAUUUCCAUCGAAGCCAUCUGUCUCAAAUGAGGCAAAGGAGUUGAUUCGUCGGUGCUUGACGUACAAUCAAGCUGAAAGGCCAGAUGUUCUUACGCUUGCGCAAGAGCCCUACCUGUCAUAUGCUAAGAGAUAAUACAAAGUGAAAGAAGGUUCACUCAUAACAUAUCUAUACCUGUAGCUUAAUAGGUGUAUACAUGGUCAUAUUUUUGUAAAUUUUGUAAGUCUCAGCUAUGCCCCCAAGUUUCAGCUAUAAGAGAAUCCUAGUUUUUUCUGUUCUUGCUUCUUGAAAGAACUCCAGUUUGUUGUUAUUGUUGAGAAUAUCUACUUUUUCCCCCUUUGGUUAUGGGGGGAA